GAAGAAAUGCGUGCGCCGCGUAUCGCCAGGGAACACACAGGAAAUAGCUGAUGACAAAUCAGUUGGAUAAAGUGGGAUAAAGUGAGAUCAGUAAGAGGGAUUGUGAUGCGUGAAGUGAAAUUGAUAAUGUAAAUAAUAUUGUGGGGAAAAUCGCAAUUACUUGCAUAUUUUUUUAUUACAAUAAUUAGCUGACUUGUUGAGUAUAAUGAUGAUGCCUGGAAAAACACCAGUACAAGAGAAUCCCUUGGGUUUAUCUUGGCAUGACAGUACCUGGAUUCCUAUGCUUAACCCAAAUAACAUCAUGGAUUACUUUUCUGAAAGGAGUAAUCCAUUUUAUGACAGAACUUGUAACAAUGAGAUAGUGAAAAUGCAACGUGUGAAUCCCGAACAAUUACCUAAUAUGACUGGCUUGGAGUAUAUCCUUUUACAUGUGCAAGAGCCAAUUCUGUAUGUGAUUAGGAAACAACACCGGUAUUCCUCAACAUCAGCUACGCCAGUUGCUGAUUAUUACAUUAUAGCAGGUGUUGUCUAUCAAGCUCCAGAUUUAGGAUCCGUUGUGAGUUCUAGACUGUUAUCUACAGUUCACCAUCUGCAAUCUGCCUUUGAUGAAGCCAGCAGCUGUUCUCGAUAUCAUCCUAGCAAGGGCUACUAUUGGGAUUUCAAGAAUGGCAAGGCUUUGGCCACUAAGAAGGAAACGCCAGUACGCGAGGAACCUAGUUCAUUAUUUCAACGUCAAAGAGUGGAUAUGCUACUUGCGGAACUCAUUCGUAAAUUUCCCUUAUCAGUGCCGAAACCAGUGCAUCAAGCAACGGAAACCUCCAUAGAAAAACAAGAGAUAAAGACCGAAAAAAAAGACAUGAAACCACCCCCUGAAAAAAAACCAAGACUUAAUUAAUGAUAGUGACAGAUAUAUUUAUAUAAAAUUUAA